AUGAAAAAACAGAACGUUCGUACCUUAACACUUAUUGUUUCAACAUUCAGUUACCUUCUCGUCGGCGCGGCGAUCUUCGACGCACUCGAAUCGAAUACCGAAGAUCUGUUGCGCAAACAAUAUCAAGCAGCUGAAAAGAACAUGCUCAUUUCAUACAAUAUCUCACCUGCUGAAUAUAUCGAACUGGAAGAUAUUGUUAUCAAAUACCAACCACAUAAAGCUGGUGCACAAUGGAAAUUUCCAGGAGCGUUCUACUUCUCCUUGACUGUCAUCACAACUAUCGGCUAUGGCCAUUCGUGUCCUACUACAACUUGGGGGAAAUCCUUUUGUAUGCUCUAUGCUGUCAUCGGUAUUCCACUCUGUCUUGUUAUGUUUCAAUCUGUGGGUGAACGUCUCAACAAUUUUGCUAGUUGGUGUAUAAAAACAAUAAAAAAGUGUUUGAAAUGUCGUUUUUAUGACUCGACACAGACCGAACUUGUGAUUGUCGGUACUGUUCUUGCUGUCGGAGUUGUUACAGGUGGUGCCGCUAUGUUUCAUCAUUAUGAAGCAUGGGGUUACUUCAAUUGUGUUUACUAUUGUUUCAUAACAUUAACAACUAUAGGUUUCGGUGAUUUUGUUGCUUUGCAAACUAAUGAAGCCUUGAAUUCCAAUGUUUUUUAUGUAGUUUUAUCUAUGACAUUUAUUCUGUUUGGUUUGACAGUUGUUGCCUCGUCAAUGAACUUACUGGUCUUAAGAUUUCUAACUAUGAAUACGGAAGACGAACGACGUGAAGAAAUUCAAUCGGCUGUCGCUCGAAGUUCACUCCGAUUCGGUAGUGAUAUCAUAAGUGCAAAUGGUACAUUGAUACCGUCCCUGACCGCUGAUCAGUUAGAAUAUCUCUCCACGGAAUUAACUCCAUCAGAAUCUGAGCCAUGUCAUUGUUGUUCUUGUUUUAUGCGUCGACGAAAGGAACGAAAGAAAUUCACUGUACGUCGUAUGCCAGGGAAAAUUGCUCAUCUCGUACCAAUGCAACGUUUUGAUUCAUCAGCACCAAAACGAAACUUAUCAGUAGCUAAACCGUCCAUUACUGAUCUUACUGUUCCUUUAGCAACGAAAAUGUCAACAAUGAUCAACGCGUCUACCGACAGUCCUUCAGUGAUCAAACGAUCAUCACUACUGACUGAUCAAGCAAGCCAUGUGAAUAAAAGCAAUUCAGACAAAAGUUUAUCGCCCGCGAAAAUAAAGACAAUCCUCUCUCGUUUUCGGCCAGAUUUCGAAAUGAUUCCAGUUCGAUUCGAUGGCAGUAUCAAACGCUCUUCCGUGUGA